ACACAUUUUAAGAGACAAACAUUCAUACUGCAAUGUGUAUGUUAGUAUCUAUAAACAGCGUAUGAUAUUUCAAAAUAUGUUCCAAUUAUAGUUGGCAUACACGUACAUUUAUUAUGGAUUAGUGGUACCACAAAAAUUCUGGAUAAAAGUACUUUUUGAGGAUUUAUGCGCUGUUUGUUGACCCAAGGAACCUCUUAAUACAAAGUAUUUAUGGUGGGACAUACUAUCCUGAAGGCUGGUCGACUUGACGUCAAAUCGCCGUCGACGUCGUCCUUUGCACGGGGUUGGCGACUACCGCCAUGGAAGACGCGUAGUGUAGAAUUUGUGAAGGAAGGUGAUCAGCUUGAACUACGCAUCUACAAGGAAAAAUCACAUGACCUCGUAGACACUUACUUGUUAAAUGACAUCACUGACGUCACGAUGGUGGCGUCAAAGACGCACGCCCACGCGUUCGAGCUGCUGUCACGCGGAACAUCGGUGCUUGUCUUGUCUGGGGAGACGGAACUAGAGAGUCGCGACUGGAUCUGGAACUUCCGGCGCGUAUUCUGGCCGCACGCCAUCCCGCAAACAGACGAUACUGAAAAGCUGUCCUUGCAACUAUUCCCGACGGGCGAUUCCUCUCGAAUCAACCUGCCGGCCGGUAUCUACAGCACGCGCGUGUCGCUGGUUGCCAUAGAGCUAAACUUGGUGACACGCUGUGACCCCGGGGACCGCAGCUGCACUCCCGUGGAGCCAUUCAACACCGGACCUGCCGUAGAAAAGAUCCGACUUCCGCUAACGACGCUGGGCCCCUUACGGGUGUUCCGGAAGGAUGCAGAUAUUCACUUCACCGUAGAAACACUACCGGAUUUUGAAUACGGUGUCCUUACGUUGGAGUUUAUGACGUCAGACGGUAGCGAACAGACGACGCAUGACGUCAUCAACGUGGUGAAGAGCGCGCUGUUCCAGGCGACCAGUAACCUUCACGACUGCAUCUCGAGUUCCACGUGGAAUCUCCACAAAGAGACAUGACAUGAUUCCUGUAUUCUUGUAAUAUUAGUGAUUGUAUAAUUUAUUAUUUAGCUUUAUAAGAAUGGUUAGAUAAUUCGUUGAAACAAUCGAUCUACAUACAGGGCGUGUUCUCGUGCUACAAUAGUUGUAACGUAAGGACACGUUUUAAUCACUUCAGCAUGCUAGCAAAUUUUCAACAUAAAAUGUACAUAGCGUAGGAAAACGAGCCAAGCGGAAUUGUUUUCCCUCAGUUUAAAGAAAUCGGUUCUUUACAUCUAGUUCGAGCCAAUGAGGAAUUCGAGCCAACGGGGUUCGACCUUAUUGCCUUAUCUCACAUAUCGUAGUAAUACGUCCAUUUAAAUUAUGUUUUGUGAUAACACUGCUUGAAUAAGACAUAUGAUAUUUUCUGUGCAAUAUAUUGUACACCCUGGUAUUUUUAUUUAUAAAUGUUCGUAUUUUCUGAAAUAAAACUUAAAAAAAU